GGAGGCAGAGAGAGAGCGGGAGGAGGGAGGGUCAAGCGAGGUAGACAAAGACUGCAGCUGGAGGUGAGAGAGAGAGAGAGACAAAGAGGAGGGAGGCCGACUCUCUCUUUCUUUCUUCAUGUGGGGGAGGAGAGGGGGAGGAUUAACUGAUCCGACACACACAGCACAUACACAUUUCAUAUUAACACACACACAAACACACACACACACACACACACAGACACACAACGACGACACGGCGGCGAAGAUUCAUCUGGAUCAGCAUCAUCAUCCUCAUCAUCCUCAUCAUCCUCAUCCUCAGCAGCAGCGGUGAGAGGACGAGAGACAAAGAGAGAGAGACACAAUCUGCACCAAGAAGAGAGAGAGAGAGAGAAAGACAGGAGGAGAGAGAGAGACAGGCCUUCUCUGCCUCGACCGCCCGGCUCUGUUCAGACUGUGAUGGCCGACCACAUGUUCCUGCUGCUGAGUGUCUGAGUGUGUUGUUGUAGGUGGGUGUGUUCGGUCUGCUCCCUGUGUGUGUCUGUGUGUGUGUGAUGGGGAACGCAGAGAGCAUGGAGAGCCAGCUGGCUGUGAUCCGGUCCAGAGCUGCACCAGUUCGACUCCCAAUGCCGGAUCCAGCCGAACUGGAGGAGAGGUUCUCCAUCGCACUGAAUUCGAUGAACCUGCCUCCUGAUAAGGUGCGUCUGCUGCGUUCCUAUGACAACGAAAAGAAGUGGGAGCUGAUUUGUGAUCAGGAGAGGUUUCAGGUGAAGAACCCUCCACACACCUACAUCCAGAAACUGAGAGGCUUCCUUGACCCAGCUGUCACACGCAAGAAGUUCAGAAGACGAGUUCAGGAAUCGACUCAGAUGCUGAGAGAGCUUGAGAUUUCCCUUCGUACAAACCAUAUCGGGUGGGUCAGAGAGUUCCUGAACGAGGAGAACCGGGGUCUGGAUGUUCUGGUGGAGUACCUGUCAUUCGCUCAGUACGCCGUCACGUUUGAUGGAGAGCAGUCAGAGGCCGGAGGAGAGGUGUCGUCCAUCGACUCUCCCUGGAGUCGGUCCAUAGAGGAUCUCCAUGGCGACUGCAGCCUCCCCUCCCCGUCAUCCUCCGUCCCCCGAGCAGCUCGACACUCAAUCAGUUCGACUCUGGUGACUCGGUCCAACACGCUGCCGAGUCGUCGAACUCUGAAGAACUCACGACUCGUCUGCAAGAAAGACGACGUUCAUGUUUGUAUCAUGUGUCUGAGAGCCAUCAUGAACUACCAGUAUGGAUUCAACAUGGUGAUGUCUCAUCCUCACGCUGUCAACGAGAUCGCUCUGAGCCUCAACAACAGGAACCCCAGGACGAAGGCUCUGGUGCUGGAGUUGUUGGCCGCCGUGUGUUUGGUCAGAGGGGGACAUGAGAUCAUCCUGUCUGCCUUCGACAACUUCAAAACUGUGUGUUCAGAGUCGAUGCGUUUUGAGAAGUUAAUGGAACAUUUUAAAAAUGAAGACGACAACAUCGACUUCUUGGUGGCCUGUAUGCAGUUCAUUAACAUCGUGGUUCACUCGGUCGAGGACAUGAACUUCAGAGUCCAUCUGCAGUACGACUUCACCAAACUCAACCUGGAUGAACACCUGGAGAGGCUGAAGCACACAGAGAGCGACAGGCUGCAGGUUCAGAUUCAGGCGUAUCUGGACAACGUGUUUGAUGUUGGGACGCUGCUGGAGGAUGCAGAAACAAAAACUGCUGCUCUGGAACGAGUUGAAGAACUGGAGGAGAACCUGGGCACGAUGUCAGAGCGUCUGCUGGAUGUGGAGAACGAAGCGAUGCUGAAGAUCGUUGAACUGGAGAAACAACUGAUGCAAACCAACAAGGAGUUGGACCAACUCCGGGAGGUGUAUGCAAGCGCCAACUCUCAGGUGCACACCCUGCGGCGGAUGGUUCGGGAGAAGGACCAGACGAUCCGGCGUCAGAGUCGUCUGGAGCGUCAGGCUCAGGAGGCGCAGCAGGCUGGAGGCCCUGGGGCUCCUCAACCCCAGAGAGGGGAGGGGGAUGGGGGGGUGGCAGACUCUGCCUCCCCCUCACCUCCACCCUGUCCUAACCUGUCCCCCAGCCCUGAGACUGUAGCCUACCACAGCAUGGGACCAGGGAUGGGUGGAGCUCCAGGCAUGCCGGCCCCACCUCCUCCUCCUCCUCCACCACCGAUGCCAGGCUCAGUGUCCAACGGGCCGUACCCUGCACCUCCUCCCCCUGCUCCCCCUCCCCCCCCUCCUCCCCCUCCUCCUCCCUGUCGGACCAGCGAGCUGUCCUCCUCCGUCCCCAUGCCUCCCCCCCCUCCCCCCGUGGCCCCCCCUCUCCCAGGGUCAGGGGGGUCACCGACAGUGAUCUUCAACUCUGGACUCGCAGAGGGUCCACUCAAGUUAUUCUCGGUGAAGAUAAAGAAGCCGAUCCAGACCAAGUUCAGGAUGCCGGUGUUGAACUGGGUCGCUCUGAAGCCGAGUCAGAUCAACGGGACGGUUUUCAAUGACAUCGACGACGAGUCCAUCCUGCAGGACCUGGACGUGGAGGGGUUCGAGGAGCUCUUUAAGACCAAGGCUCAGGGUCCGGCUGUGGACCUGACUCUGUCCAGACAGAAACUUCCUCAGAAAGCUCCGUCCAAAGUUUCUCUGCUCGAGGCCAACAGAGCCAAAAACUUGGCCAUCACCCUGAGGAAGGCUGGCCAGGGGUCAGAGGUCAUCUGCCGAGCCAUCCACACGUUCGACCUGCGGACGGUCCGGGUGGACUUCGUGGAGUGUCUGAUGCGUUUCCUGCCGACGGAGGCUGAGGUGAAGCUGCUGCGACAGUACGAGAGAGACAGGAAACCUCUGGAGUCUCUGAGCGACGAAGACCGCUUCAUGAUGCAGUUCAGCCGCAUCGAGAGGCUCAGUCAGAGGAUGAGCAUCAUGACCUUCAUGGGCAACUUCACCGACAACGUCCAGAUGUUAACCCCGCAACUCCACGCCAUCAUCGCUGCUUCAGUUUCUAUUAAAUCGUCUCAGAAGCUGAAGAAAAUCCUGGAGAUCAUCUUGGCUCUGGGAAACUACAUGAACAGCAGCAAGAGAGGAGCAGUGUAUGGAUUCAAACUCCAGAGUUUAGACCUGCUCCUGGAGACGAAGUCGACCGACAGGAAACAGACGUUGUUGAACUACAUCGCCAACGUGGUGAGAGAGAAAUAUCCGACAGUGUCUCUGUUUUAUAACGAGCUUCACUACGUCGACAAGGCUGCUGCAGUGAGCCUGGAGAACGUGCUGUGUGACGUGAAGGAGCUGCAGCGCGGCAUGGAGCUCACCUGGAGAGAGUUUAGUGUCCAACACAAUGCAACACUCAAAGACUUCAUCAGCAGGCACGAAUCACGACUCAACAAACUGCAGGAGGACGCACGCAUCGCACAGGAUGCGUUUGAAGACGUGGUGAAGUUUUUCGGAGAGAGCUCGAAGACGAUGCCGCCGUCCGUCUUCUUCCCCAUCUUUGUUCGCUUCAUUAAAGCCUACAGGCUGGCAGAGGAGGAGAACGAGCAGAGGAGGCGUCAGGAGCAGAUGUUGUUGGAGAAACUGGAACAGGAGGAGCAGCAGGAGGAGGAGGAGACAAAGUCUCCCUCCCACCGGGGGAAGCGGCAGCAGCAGGAGCUCAUCACAGAGCUGAGACGACGACAGGGAAAAGACAGCCGCCAUGUUUAUGAAGGGAAGGAUGGAGCUAUAGAGGACAUCAUCACAGCUCUGAAGACCGUCCCCUUCACAGCUCGAUCGGCCAAACGCAGCUCUCGGUUUUUCUGUGACCCCACCCACACCGAGGAUCACUACUGAGAGAGAGAGAGACCUUUCAUCAGAGAGAGAGAGAGAGUAUAUAUUAUGUGAUCAAGUCUGAGGACAAUGGCCACGCCCACUUCUAAUCGAUGGGACCAAUCAGCACUUUGAACAUUUCUGAUCGAUCGAUGUGACCUGAUGACAUCAUGAUUUGUUUGUUAUUUUAUUGGUCAGUUUGUCACAGACCAGAAGCCCAGACACCACCUGACCUCACCUGACCUCACCUGACCUGCAGCUUCUCACCAAACUCUGUUCAAACAUCUGAUGACUGAGUCUCGACAAAACGACGAUGACAAGCAUAUCUGGAGUCUGUCAGGUUUAACUCUCUGCUCCUGAGCAUUUGACCACACGAUCACAUGAUCUUCCUCAGCAGACUCCAUCUCCAUGGUAACGAUGGAACUCGUUGCUGAGGAAGAUCAUGUGAUCAUGCGGUCAAAAAGGUCAGACUCACCCACUGAACCCAGGUCGAGGGUCAAACAGUUCCAGAAGAUCUCGUCUAUAAAUGAUUAAAAACUAAAAACCUUCUUCCCUGAGCUGAGUGUGAAGAUCCUGAGGUCGACGAGGAAACGCUCAGAGAAGCGACUUCAGGCCCAAACUGUGCCUCAUUUUUUUAAAAUCGCCACUGAGGGCUGCUGUAACAUUCUCUGACGACAGGUGGCGCUGUAGAGCAGCGUCCUGACGAGCUGCUGUCAGAACAUAGAGAUAAACCAGGCUCUGAGUUCUGGUUCUGGAUCAGCAGGUCUCUGGUUCUGUGGUUGUUCUGGGCUCCUUCAGUCUGUGUCUUUAACUGGUUCUUGUACAGGGUUCUACUCCUUUCACUACAUUGUGUUCUACUGUGUUCUACUGUAUUUACUCGCCUUACCGGAGCCGUGGAUACACAGAGUCUGGCAGCUGGAUUUAAUCAGUGUUAAACAUUAAAUUCUUCUCCUUUGCCAACAAAGUGUCAAAGUUCAGAGUCCAAAUCUUUGCCAAACUCUGUUUAUCUGGGACUCUGACUUUCACCAGUCACUGUCCUGGUCAGGACACACCUGGACACACCUGUAAAAACAUGGACAUAUGUUCAGAAACCUGUAUGGACCUGGGCAGGUCUCAAUAAGACUGGACAAACCACAAGAGACAGAAAACAAUGUGGACGCACCUGUAGAGAUCAGGACUGACCCCGACCGUGUUGGUCGGGGUCAGUCCUGAUCAAAGACCUAGACCUGGACCUGGACCAUCAGGGAUAAAUCUGGACCCGAACCCUGAUCUGUGGUUUCUUGUGGUGUCCCUGUGCAGAGUCUGGUCUCAAACUGAAGACAGAGGCUGACGUGUCCAGUCCCAGCAGCCCUGCUUCAACACCCCCACCCCACCCCAUCCCCAACUUCAUUUCAGACCUUCAACCUUCGUUUCAAGUCAAAAUGAGACAAAAAAGUGAAACAGCACAACGUUUUCUACAUGUACAUACAUUUUCUAGAGGCUGUGUAGCGAUGCUUGUACUGUUCAGUGUUUGUUGGUGGUGAUUCUGCACUUGGUGUGUAAAUAAAACGCACCCUGUCCACACAA